CAGCCAAAGAAUUUCAAGUAGCAGCAGCAGCAGCUCGCACACCCUCCACUCUCCCAGACCUCACCUUCAGCUUUCGUUCCAAAAACCCAAGCGGAGCCAAAGCCCCCGGAACGCCACCACGUGGUAGCCAGCCGGCCGGCGCCGCAAGCACCGAGGGUACGUACAGCCUACAGGCUCUAGAGCACGGUGCCAGGCAGCCAUGGCGGCCGCCGGAGCAGCGCUGCGGCUACGCCUCCUGUACCGGAUGCUGCGCGUGGGGGAGCUCCUCGCGCUCGUGGCCUUCCUCUCCUGGUCGUCGUCCCGCGUGCCGUCUGCGGCGGCCGCCGUGCUGCGCCUCGCGGGGUCGCUCCUCCUCAACGCCCGCUUCGUCUUCGUCCUCGGCAACGCCAUCGUGCUGCUCCUCGUCGCGCUGUCGAGACACGACCUCUCCGUCUCCUCCAACCAGCAGACGAGCACGGCCAGCGCGACUGCCGCAAACCCACCGCCUCCGCAGGCCGCGCCAGCCGCCAGCGCCAGCUUCCCUUCCUUCGCCACGCCAGCUCCGACGCCUUCCGGCACCUUUUUGGAAGAAGCCGCCUCCUUCGCCACGCCGGCGGUUCCAGCGCCCGCGGCCAUGGAGGCGCCGGAGGCAGCAGCAGCCCCGGCGGCGCCCGAGACGGCGCGCGCGGGCACGGCGUUCGAGGACCAGCCUUCGGUGCGCGCGAGCAGGCUGGCGCGCGCGCCGAGGCGAAGCAGGUCGGAGAAGAUGGGCCCGCGCCUGGCGCGGCGCGCCGUGUCCCCCGAGCUGCGGCGCUCCGAGUCGGAGAACGGGCGGCGGCGGCGGUCGUCCGUGACGGCGCGCGACGCGCAGGCGUGCUGGGGCAUGGACGACGCGGACGAGUUCCGGCGCACGGUGGAGGCGUUCAUCGCGAAGCAGACGCGGUUCCACCGCGAGGAGUCCCUGACCAUGGCCGGAGCGGGCGCGCACUGUGGGGCCGACCAGGCCUUCGCCUGCGCCCUCGCCGUCGUCGAAUAAAGUUGACGUAGCGGUGGAAAACACCCUGUGCAGAGUACAUAAAGGAGAGGCUCCCCUUGCUGAACUUGUUCCGUGUUCAUACCCUCGCCGAGGGCUCUGCUGCUCCUGUUCUUCAGAUCCGGAGGCCCCUUUCUUUUUAGUUUCUCUUUUCUCGGCGCGUUCCUUCGUUUCGUUCGUCGCCCAUAGGAAACCUGCGAAAGAUCGAGUAGGCGCGAGGGGGUUUUGGAGCCGCUGGAUCGCGGAUCCAGCAGAGCGAUCGCAAAUCCUGUGGUCUGACGACGAAGGAAAUGGACUGAAUUUGCAUGCAUGUUC